AUGGAAAGGAAAAACCAAACCACUCUGAAAGAAUUCACCUUUUUGGGACUGUCAGAUGACCCUAAACUCCAGAGCCUCCUCUUUGCUAUUGGACUGAUGAUCUACGUAAUCACCUUAACAGGGAAUCUAACCAUCAUUAUUUUAAUACAGGCUGACCAGCACCUCCACACUCCUAUGUACUUCUUGCUGAGCAACCUGUCAUUUACAGAGCUCUGCUACAUCACCACCACCGUGCCAAAGAUGUUGUGGGACCUUCUGUCCAAGGACAAGACCAUCUCCUUUGCAGGCUGUGUGAUCCAGAUGUAUUUUUUUCUAACCACAGCUGCCACGGAAGGCGCCCUCCUUUCUGUCAUGGCAUAUGAUCGCUAUGCCGCCAUCUGCCACCCACUGCGCUACACUUUGCUCAUGAGCCAGCCGAUCCUCAGGUGGCUUUUGGCUGCUUCAUGGACCAUUGGAAAUAUCAAUGCCAUUGUCAACACAUCUUUUAUAUUCUCCCUGAACUUCUGUGGCUCCAAUAAGAUUAUGCAUUUCUUUUGUGACAUCCCACCUCUCCUGCACCUCUCCUGCUCGGAUACCUCCCUUGCUGAGUUGGUGACUUUCAUAAUCUCCGGAAGCAUAAUGAUAACAACAGUCUCCUUGAUUGUACUCUCCUACAUCCUCAUUGUCUCAGCUGUACUCAAAAUUCAUUCAGCACCGGGUAGGAUCAAGACAUUCUCGACCUGUGCUUCCCAUCUUACUGUGGUGAGCAUCUUCUACAGCACAGCCAUCUUCACCUACAUGUCUCCUUCCUCCAGCCGCUCCAUGGAACAGGAGCGCUUGAUCUCUGUUUUAUACACCAUCAUCACUCCUUUUCUGAAUCCCCUCAUCUACAGCUUCAGAAACAGGGAAAUGCAAGUUGCAUUUCUGAAUGUUCUUGGAAAGAAAUAA